AUGUCCUCACUGAUCGAAAUGGCUCGAUCGCUGCGUGGGCAGAAUAUCACCCUUGGGCUGAGUGUCUUCCUUUUCGUGUUUAUGUUUCUACCUACCUUUGUCAUCCUGCUGGCUGUGGUCGUAUUCUUCGGGCUGGUCUACCCCCGACUACGUAAGUCAUAUGCCCUUGACCGCGAACAAGGAACCGAUACCCAUCGGUCAGAUCUGAAGGAGUGA